AUGGUUAUGGGUGUUGUUUGUUUGAAUUUCCGUAUGAACGGGAACAGCAUUGUUAAAUUUAUGUGUUGGUGUUUGUUUACAAUGCUUCACAGUACAGCAGUUUUCGUCGCGGUAAAACCCACCAAGGUAUCGGUGGUUCGCUUAUCGGGUUAUCAAUACAACACAUAUCUAUUAAAGGAAGGUCUUUUGUGUGCCUUACCCCCUCGCGUCACCAAAGUAACUAAGACAUCACUGUGCCCACAGCUCUUCGAACUCGGGGGAGUUAUGUCCUCGAUGUCUGUAUCCAAAGUAUCGGUAGGUCGCCGGGCAAAUAUGGCUGUAGAAGGCAAUGUACCUCUUGCUAUCGACGCGUUCUCUCGCGAGAGGGGAAUAUCACUACAUCUCUCCAAAGUCGCUGAUUUCCCCGCACGUGAACAAAAGAGACGCUCCCCAUGGUCAUUGUACCCGCGCAUUGUCUCAUUAGUUUGCGUUCUCCUCGUCUUGCUGUACUUUGCCUUGCACGACACGCAUCUCGGUCGCCUCGUGCGACGGGGGCAGUCCGAUCAGGUAGUGGUGUUGCCGGCACUGGGGGAUGGGGUUUUGGAGGUCUUUCAAGUGAACGCGCCUGUCGCUGUUGAUGAUGAUGAAUGCAAGGUACUGCUCAUGGAGCAUUCAUUUGGGUUUAGCUACGGCAAGCCGUUUGUGGGAAACUAUAACCCGCCAUCGUGCAAGUUCAAGCGCGUGGUGAUGAAUUUCACUGUUACGUCUCGAGGGCGACAGUUUGACAGGCUGGCACUGAUGUAUCUCAACGACACCGAGGUGUGGCGGACGUCCACUGCCGAGCCGACAGAGGCUGGGAUCCAGUGGACAUAUAUCAAGGACAUGACGCCCUAUCUGUCCAUGUGGAGGCAGCCCCAAAAAGUUAUCUUUGAUCUCGGGAACCUAAUCGAUGACAAGUACACCGGCGCCUUUAACACGACACUAUCGCUCACCUUCUCCACCGCCUCUGCCGCACCACCAGCAGCCGGCUUGAUCCUCCCCCUCUCCGCCCGCCGCUCCGCUUCCAACUCCCCUAGCGUCUUUACUCUCCCCGACCAACGCGCUCUAACCACACAUGUCCUUCCCCGCAACGCGAACCGCGCCACCAUCUCUCUAUCUGCCUGCGGCCAAGCAGCUGAGGAGUUCUGGUGGAGCAACGUCCCCUCCGCCGCGAUAUCGACAUUCACCAAUACGACCGGCGAGCUGCCAGGGUUCUCGCCCUGGCGCGAAGUGCAGAUCCUAAUCGACGGGCGGCUGGCGGGCGUGCAGUGGCCGUUCCCGGUAAUUUUUACAGGGGGCGUAGUACCAGGGCUGUGGCGGCCGAUCGUGGGUAUCGAGGCGUUUGAUCUGCGCGAGUAUGAGGUCGAUGUCUCGCCAUGGUUGGGGCUGCUAAGUGAUGGCGCACCGCAUGAGUUUGAGAUUAAGGUUGUGGGGAUCUCGGGGAAGACGAUCGCGGAGGAGGUGGGGAGUAGUUGGCUUGUGACGGGGAAGGUAUUUUUGUGGCUUGAUGAGCCGGGGAAGGUAACGACGGGGUCGCCUAUCAGUAUCGCGAAGGAUGGGUUUGGGACGGGUUCGAAGUUGGCUACAUCGCAGGAUCCUGCGGGGGCAAAUGUCACGCUAUCCACCCAGAUCUCCGUACACCGUGAGCUUGAUAUUAGAUCCACCAUCACCACCGCUGGAGGGGCUCGCGUCGUCUCCUGGUCUCAGCAGCUCACCUAUGCUAACGUUAAUGAUCUCUCCGCCUACGGUGUUACGCAGUUCACGAACCUCUCCCGCACCGCUACAGACUCUCUCACCUCAGACCUGUACGACCGUGGCCCAAGCGCGAAGUACUCGCUUGUGGUAGAUAGUGAGUACCGCGUUGACCCCGAACACGAGGGUGACCUCGCUAUCAACGCUACGUCCUUCUGUGAGGUCGAGUACCGCACGGGCCGAGGUAGCGUGUUCAAUUCUGGUCUCGAACCUGGGGCGAGUGGGCGCGUGAGGACGACGCAGGAGGGAAAGGUAACGUAUGUUUCCAAGAAUGGAGCGAGUUCGGGGACAGUGGCGACGAAGCAGGUGUUUGUCCUGGAGGCUCUGGCAAAAGGAGAGCCGGUGGAGAUUUAUAACAGGGAUGUCGGUGCGGUUGGGGGGGUAGUUGUUUGGGAUCGUGGAAGUGACGGUAGUGGUGGGAAGGGGGUAGAAUAUACUGGGGCCCCGGCGGUAGUGAGGUUGGAGGAGAGUGUGGGCAGUGUCAGGGAGGUACUUGGUAGAGGUCCGGGGAGUACAAGGAAGGUGCUGGUAAUGGGUGGGGAGUAAAUGAUCAUGGUUGAAGUGUUGAGAAGAUCUUAAUAGGAUUUACUCUUCGGAAUUAGUCCAACCUAGCUCUUUUUCCAAAUACAUACUUAACUACGUCUUCAAUGAGGAAGUCCUGCUUCGCCCUAU